CUCAAUCACGGCAUGCUACGCGUGUCGGGUCAUCGAAUCGGGUAUUGGGGCUCCGAUUAUUCUCCGUUUCCACGGAAGAGUAUGCCAAGAGAAACUAUGCAAACAAUGUUUCCGAGUACAACACUGUUUUGGGCUCUCUCACUGCACAAAGAAGGGUUUUCUUGCUGAGGGAUGUGUACUCUGAUAUGAUGCUAGAUGGGGUGAAGCCUACGCGCGACACUUUCCAUUCCCUUAUUGUGGGAACCAUGAAAGGAGCAAGGAUGCAAGAUGCUUUUUUCUUCGUGGAGCAAAUGAAAAUCACGGGUUUGCUUCCAGAUGUUACUUUAUACAACUUUCUGAUUUCGACUUGUGGGAAAUGCAAGCACUCUAAUAAGGCUAUUCAGAUCUUGGAGGAAAUGAAAUGCCUGGAAGUAAAGCCAAAUGUACAAACCUACAUCUGCCUGCUAAAUGCUUGUGCUGCUGAUGGACGCAUAGACCGAGUGAAUGCAAUUGUCCGUGAUAUGACAGCUGCUGGUCUGGGAUUAAACAAGUUCUGCUAUGCUGGGCUUAUAGUUGCACACAAGAAUAGGAAACCUCUUGUUGAUGAUUUUGCUGCAAAAGUUAUUGAGUUUGUGGAGAGGUCAAAGAUGUGGUCUUCAGUUGAAACCAACAGUGUCAAUGCUGAGAAUGUGAUGAUGGGUGUUACAGACGAAGAGUUAUACAACCUACCAACAGCAGAAUAUAUUCAUAGGCGUGGAGGGUUUUUGAAUAGACCAUUUACAGCAUAUCACACUGCAUUUCAUGCUGCUGCAGACCUAAAAAAUGUUGAGCUGACGGACACACUCUUGGAAAUGCUGAACAAUGAGGAGAAAACUCCUGAUGUCUUUAUUAUGAUGCAAGUAAUUAGGUGCUAUUGCAAUGCAGGAGAUAUUGACCGUGGUCUUCAAACUUUUGAGAACCACAUAAACGAGGGAAGGCCUAUUGCUACAGAACUUUUUGUGGUGAGUUUGCAUCUUAGGGAUGCUGUGAGUAAUAUGGAUAAAUACCCCUUCUGGCAGUGGUGUGACUCGUGUACUCUUGCAGAAGGGGCAAUGACUGGGUACACUGAAAAAGGAAUGCAAAUUGCUCAAGAUAUUCUGGUAAGGAUGAACCAAAGAAACUAUUUUGUGAAUAGCAAAUUUGGAAGUGAGCUCCUGCUUAUAGCUGCAGGAGAAAAGACUGGGGGAUAUACCACUGCUAACUACAUAUGGGACAUGAUGCGAGCUCGGAAAACUAACCCUCUAUUUCCUGCAGUAGAAGCAUAUUACCAAGGCUUAAAAGAUCGAGAGAUACCUGAAGAUGAUCCAAGACUUCUAUUGGUUUCUACAACAUAUGACAACAUGCGUGUGAGAUUCGGGAAGCGGCCAACCUAA